AUGAGUACAACAAUGAAGAGUAGUUUUUUUAUUGAUAAUCUUCUUUCAGCUUUUAAACGACCUAGUUUAACAACAAAACAAUCUUCUUUGAUAUCACCAUCAGUAUCACUUAAUUUUUAUCAAUCAAUUAAUCAAUAUACAUCGAAAAAAUUAGAAUUACAUCCAUUUGUUUAUCCUAGUUUUAAUUUUCAUACUUAUUUAAAUAAUGAAUAUUUAUUAAAACAUUGUCGUCGACGAAAAGCUCGAACAGUAUUUACUGAUCAACAAUUGAAUGAACUUGAAAAGAGAUUUGCUGAACAAAAAUAUUUAAGUACACCAGAACGUUUUGAAUUGGCUAAUGAACUCAAUUUAUCCGAAGCACAGGUUAAAACAUGGUUUCAAAAUCGUCGUAUGAAAUAUAAAAAACAAGUACGUCGACAAGUACAAAAUACAUCGGAUAGUUCAUCAUCAGAUGAUGCUGAUGAAUAG